ACGAGUGGUUGAGAUUGAGUUCUACAAUGACUUUCAUGUUAGAAUCAAUUGAACGUCUGUUGGUUGGCUCUGACUUAACAAAUAUUUGUGAAAAUACUUUACAACACAUAUUAAGUCGGAUUCGACUGAUUUCUAAGUUCUCAAACGAAACCAUUAGUCAUUUCCGUAAAAUUGCCAAAAUCUCGAGAGGAGAUAUGCUUUUGAUGGUUCUUCUAUCGCAUACACUGGACAUACAUUCAGACACUUGCGGUGAUAAUAGAGAAGAUAAUAUGCAGUCAUUUGAUGAUAAGUUACUAACAAGUCUUGAAAAUUUCUAUUUCACAGAUUCCAACACAAAUUGCAUCAAAUUUAAUGUCAAAAGUCAACGCAAUAUGACUUUAUUGGGAAUCGACGCUCACAUCAAAGGCUUAAUUGGUUUCGUAUAUAUCGACAGAACUGUCAACGAAGUAAUUAUAGCUCCCAUUGAAUCUAUGAAUCCGGAAAAUGGGUUACAAAUGAGCGCAAAUGAAUUUAACACAAUCGCCUCCCAUAUGAUAUCCCACGCCUACCGGUCCCUCAUUAAUGGCCACAUGACUAGUGUUUGGGCCGACGGAGUCUUCCAAUACACAUAUAUUCUUCAGUUGAGUACUCAAUAUAAUAUACGGAUCGUAACCAUAAUAUACAAUGGCACAACAUUGGAACCACGAUCGAAGCGUUUACAAUUGGAUACAUACCCGAGCAUAAUAUCCGGCAAUUUUAUUCAGGAUAUAAUUACCGCAAUCUUUUGCAAAGACCCCAAAAGUGAGAACAAAUGUCACGUGAAUAAUGUUGAAAAGCCAUCGCUUUCCUGCUAUCCAUACGAGUUGUUCUGUAUAUACAACACAACACUCAUCUUAGAUGAA